AUGACUAAUCCUCAAAUCCUUGCUGAUAAUUAUAAGAAAAUAUUAACCAUUUUAAAUAAUAUUAUCAAGAAUGAAGACAACAAUCCACUUAUAGAUUAUCCUGUUCUUAUUGGUUCACGUGCUGCAAAAUGGCAUAUUUUUUCUUUUCGUGAACCUAAUGAUUGGGAUUUGAUGGCAACUCCUUUACAAACAACUUUAUUUAUUAAUAAAAUUAAAGAAUCUAAUGCUACUUUUAAAAAUAUAAAAUUAAUUUAUUAUCCAGGAGGUGGACUAAAACUUGCUGGAGAGUAUAUUGAUCAAUAUACAACAGAUAAAAAACUUAUUAGUUUUGAUAUUGAACUUGUCUCUGAGAAAGUGGAUCUCAGAAACAUGAAAUCCAUCUUUGAAGAUAAUUCUGAAGAUAAUAUGAAAGUUGAUAAUAUGCAAGAUGAUGUUGAAUUCAAUUUUGACGUUUUUGAAGAUGAUUCUAAAAAAUCCAAUGUUGAAGAUUCUGAAGAUAAUAUGCAAGAUGAUGUUGAAUUAAAUUUUGACGUUUUUGAAAAUAAUUCAAAAAAAUCUAAUGCUGAAGAUUCUGAAGAUAAUAUGAAAGAUGAAAUCAAUAAAAUUGAAUUUGAAAGGUUUAAUGAUGUUCACCCAAAAAUGAGCGCUCUAAUGAUUUUAGAAUUAUGUCGUAAUAUUGAAGAUAAAACAAUGCUUCCAUUAUUGUCAAAUUUCUUAUGCAUUGUUGCUCCAUUAAAAAUUCUUGAAGCUUUGAAAACAUCUCAAAUUUAUUGGCCAGCGGAUUUUCAUAAAAAUAUUUCAGAUUUACAUUUGUUAAGAGAUUAUAAUAAAGAUAAAGUUUCAAUAAUUCAACCACUAUGUAGUCCACAACGUGAUGAGUUAAUUGAACUUAUAUUAGAAACUCGUAUUAAAGAAACUGAAAUUAUACAAGGCAAACCAGGCGAACAUAUCAACUUAAAUAUGUCCAAUGAUGAUUUCUUGGAAAAUGAAGAUAAUCUUUUUGUACAAAAAUGUAUUCCCCGUGAAGAUUUACAUGAACUUGUUAAAUAUGGUGAUCAUCCAAUUUAUCAAGGUUUAAGGGAUGGCCAGUCUAAAGCAUUGAUAAAAAAAUUCCUUUUUGAAAAACUUGACUAUCAAACAAAAAUUAAUUGUAUAAAAGAAGAAGCAAUGGUUAUUGCACUUGAAAGAUAUCUUAUUCCAAUGAUCUCUAAAGAUCAAGAAAAUUCUUAUAAAUUGGCACUUGUUAGGAUCUGUACUACAUUAACUAAAGUCUGGUUUCGUCAAUUUGCAAUUGAUAAUUAUCCUCGACUUUCAAACCUUGAUAAAGAUUUAUUAUCAAUUGCUCAUAAUAUAAUUGAGAAAUUUCCUGUAAAACAAAAAAAGCCAGAUGUAAUAUUACUUGAUCCAGAAACUCAAGCUAUUUUUGAGUCUAUACGUCCAUAUACCAAAACAAUUUCUUCCUUUGAUAAAAUCAGGGAUUAUAAUGAUUAUUUCACUGUAGUUGAAAGAACUGGAAUUAACAUUACUUCUCCUAUAAAUAGUGAUGUAUCGGUAACAGCUAUUAUUACAAAUAUGCAAAAGGCUAAUUAUGAAGAAUACUUGUCUGCUAGCUGGACAGCAUCUGUUGUAAUCUUACCUACUAAUGACUUGGAAAUCUUAAGUGAAGAUGAAGAUGAAGGCAGUGAUGAAGAUAAAGAUUAUGAUGACAGUGAUUCGUUUGACAUGGAUGAUGUGAAUAUUGAAUUUAAAGAUCCAUUAAAAAUUCAUCCUUAUCAAGAAAGUUACAGUGGAAAAUUUUCAAAACUUAACUCUAAGCAUAUAUUUGUACUUGGAAUUGAUGCUUACUGGAUAAGAGGCAUGGGUGUUGAAGAAAUUUGGAGACCAAUAACAAUUAAAGUUAAAUCAGCUGAUUUUGUUGCUAGUUUACUUGAAAUCCCUGAACUUACUGGUGAUUUAUUAUUUAAAUAUAUGUUGGAUUGUUUGAAACCAACUUUAAUAGAUGUUGGGGAGACACCACUUAGACAUUGGGUUAAUAAAUUAAAAAGUAAUGGAACUAUUCCAAUUGAACCAAAUCAACAUCUUUGGUAUUAUGCUUGGAAUUAUAAAUUGAAUAGAAAAUUUGAAUAA